AUGAACUUGUUGAAUAUAAUAAUAUCCCUUUCUUCAAUAGUCUAUGCAAUAGACCUUGAUGUUCAUUCAUAUUCUUCACUUUGCGAUGCAAUUACCACAACAUCUCAAGCAGUACUAACCUACUAUGACGGGUUCAAGCCACUUGGGGUCGUUGGGGUCUUUGAGCCCCCAUAUUAUUGGUGGGAAGCUGGUGAAGCAUGGGGAGGAUUUAUAAAUGCCUGGUACUUUUGUCAAAAUGAUACUUGGCAAUCACUAAUCUACGAUUCAUUGAUGCAUCAACGUGGUUCGCACAAAGAUUAUGUCCCAGCAAACCAAUCUACAACCGAAGGCAAUGAUGACCAAGUAUUCUGGGGUAUUGCAGCAAUGGAAGCAGCAGAACGAAAUUUCCCAAACCCUCCGGAUGACGAGCCUGAUUGGCUUUCUUUGGCAGAAACUGUAGCUGACUCAAUGGAUUCUCGAUGGGAUACUCAAAAUUGCGGAGGGGGGCUCAGAUGGCAGAUUUUUACCUGGAAUAAUGGUUAUAAUUACAAAAAUACCGUAUCUAAUGGCGGGCUUUUCCAUUUGGCAGCAAGAUUGGCAAGAUACACUACAAAUGAUAAUUACCUUGAUAUCGCCGAAAAAGUAUGGGACUGGCUAACUGAUGUGGGAUUUGUGCAGUCAAAUGGGACAAUUCUCAGUGUUUUUGAUGGCGCCAGUAUUGAUAAUAAUUGUCAAGAAUUAAUUCCGUAUCAAUGGACUUAUAAUUAUGGGCUAUUAAUUUCUGGCUGCGCAUACUUACAUUCUCACACUGGUGAUCAAAAAUGGUUUGAUAGGGUGUUGAGUUUACUUCAUACCAUUAAAAUCAUGUUUUUCACCAAUGAUAUCAUGUAUGAGCAAGCCUGCGAAGGAGUGAAAACUUGUGACAAUGAUCAAAAGUCUUUUAAAUCUGUCUUUUCCAGAUUUCUUGGGCAAACUGCAGUAUUGAUUCCUGAUCUAAAUGAAUCUAUCAGACCACUACUUGAAGCUUCUGCUGUAGCUGCAGCUAAGACUUGUAAUGGCACAGUGCCUGGAACCGGAAGGGCCAAUGCAUGUGGGGUUCAAUGGACUUCUGGAAGCUUUGACAAUAACGCAGGACUAGGACAGGAACUCAGUGCAAUGGAAGUGUUUACUAGUGUUCUUGCCAUUAAUGAAACUACGAUUGGGGCCUUCUCAGUGCCAUUUAGCAAAAAUACCGGAGGAAACUCUACGGGAGGAGUAGUAUUAAACACCGAUAGACAAGUAGAUCAUGGCUUUCAGAAGAAAAAGACCAUAGAUUCUGUUUGGGCAGGACUUUUAACGGCAAUAAGUUUCGUUUUUUUCAUAAUUGUUGGGAUCUUGUUAAUUUAA